GUUGAAAGUUGAUCUUUUUGUCUCUUCAGCCCUGCUUACCUGAGAUCAGCUGAAAUGACUGAGGUGAUGAUGAACACUCCAUCUAUGGAUGAGAUUGGGCUAAACCCCCGCAAGGAUGGGCUGUCAUAUCAGAUUUUCCCUGAUCCCUCAGACUUUGACCGCUACUGUAAGCUGAAGGACCGCCUGCCUUCCAUUGUGGUAGAGCCAACAGAAGGUGAUGUGGAGAGUGGUGAGCUGAGAUGGCCACCUGAAGAAUUCCUUGUCCAGGAAGAAGAAGAGGAGGAGGAGGAGGAAGAAGAGGAAGAAGAAGAAAACUGUGCAGAAACAAAGAAAGAGAACAAGGAGCAGUAAAUGGCAUCUGAAAAAUACAAGGGACCUGAAUUGUCUUGAGGGAAGAGCAGACCUGUUCUGAAAAAACGUCUUUUUAAAAAAGAAAAAAAAGACAAGUUCAAUUUUGCACCGGCAAGAUCUUAGUUUUUUCAUAUCUCUGUAUUGAGAACUGAAGCCCUCGAUGUGACAGAAUCUCCAGACCUUCUGAGGAAGGAAAUCAUACAGAGAAAUGUUUGCUGUUCUCAAGAUCGCUAUCUGAAUUUUUGAGGCCAAGAGAAGCAGCAGUGGAAUUCUAAGGCACUUAGUGGCGGGUGAACAUGCAAGGAACAUUUUAAUGGGGUGGGGAGGAAUAAAGAGAAACCUAAAAUGCAGCAGUGUUCAGCAAGGGAUUGACUUUGGCUUCAAAUGCAUGAGAUUUAGAAUCUUCAUCUCUCAAACUUGCCUUUCUUCUAAGCUUCCAUUUAUAUGUAUUUGGGGGUUAAAGGGAAUUUGUGGUAGAUCAUCGCUAAUGGAUGAUCUUCUGAUUAUCUGCUAAGGGAUAAAGGAUUCUGUAAAGAUUGAACUCAGCACAUCCCUAAAGCAUCACAAAUGCCUUUAGGAGUAAUAGAUCUUUCUUUCGCAUCUGUUUCCAGAGUUGGGUUCUUUUUCCCUCUCCUUUACCCCAUAUCUGCAUUUAGAACUUGUAUUGCCGAACAGGCUAUAGUAUUAGGCUGCUACUUGCCAUCUAUUUUGUAAGGUCCUGGUUUUCAUAUAGGUGGUUAGUAUGACUUAAUGAGUCUGACCUAACAGUAUGUUCAAAUCUACGUGAACUUUUGCUGUAGAAAGAAAUACCUACAGUGUGCUUCCUGUUAGUGAGACUACUGCAAUGCCCAAAGCCACUGGUAUUUUAAGAGUGGUGGGGAUACCUACCUUCUAGGUGGCAUUCAUGCUGUAUGGUUUCAUAUCUCAAAUAUAUUGGUCAUCAGAACUUGAUAUGUAGAGUGGUGGCUAGAGAGAAGGAGGGGCAUGUUUUUUAUUUGGUUUGAUCUGUGUUAUCAGAAAGGCUUUCCCAUAACUCUAAAGCCAAGCUAUGCUGGGUGGACCUAGAAGCUGCACAAAUCAUCCACUAAAAAGUGGAUGAAACCAAAAAUUCCCAUAUAUAAACAAAGUGGUGUUGCCAAAACUGGUAUUGGAGGCAAUUUUAAAUUAAAGAUAGACUGCUAAAAGGCUGGGGGGGGGGUGAGGAAGGGGCUCCUCUGUUCAUAAAGUAUUAUGACUUUUGAGUAUUCUGGGCAAGAUGUUAUGCUUCUGAUAAUAUUCAUGGCAUUGAAGAAAGGGCAAGCUGUUGGUAAGGUUGAAGGUGUCAUCGUAUGCACCUUGUUCAGUUCUGAGUAAUAACCUCCUGUGUCUCUUCCUCCAGACUUUUGCUAGGAUG